AUGUGUCAGUUCGUUCAAUAUAUAAAUGUUUUAAAAGAAUUGGUAAUCACAUUAUAUCAAAAUCUCGACUGUGCUAUAAAUGAGAUAGCUGCAAUGAAAAUGUAUUUGGUUGAAAUGAUGAAUGAAAUACUUUCCUUUUCAAAUAUGCUUGGAUCGGAAAGUGAGUCAUCAAAUCAGACAGGAGAAAAUAAUAAUGAUACGAAUACACUUCCAGAAGAAGAGAACACUUCAAAUACAGACUCGAAUGAAACACAAGAAAAUAGUAAUACACUUUCAGAGGAAGAGAACACUUCAAAUACAGACUCGAAUGAGACACAAGAAAAUAGUAAUACACUUCCAGAGGAAGAGAACACUUCAAAUACAGACUCGAAUGAGACACAAGAAAAUAGUAAUACACUUCCAGAGCAAGAGAACACCUCAAAUACAGACUCGAAUCAGACACAAGAAAAUAGUAAUACACUUUCAGAGGAAGAGAACACCUCAAAUACAGACUCGAAUCAGGGUAUAGAAAACAGCUUAGUGGAUUAUAUUAGCGGAUUAUUUGGGUGAUCUCUUCGACACUGUCGAUAUAUCUAUGUUUUAAAAUUUAAUUGUUUUUUCCAUUUAUUAUAGAUAACAUCUAUUAUUCC